GUUUAAUUAGAAAAAUUCGCUCCAACCUUCUUUCCAACUAGAGUUAUCGUUAACGAAGCCACAAACCUUUCUUUUAUUUGAAAGGACGACAAUCUGAUAUCGCAGGUUUAGUUGCAGUCGGUGCAAAAAAAUCAGAGAAAGUUCUCUCAACAUCAGAAAUUGGGCGAUCACUGAGAGUCAGAAAACAACAACAAUCGCCGCAGUCAAUUUCCUAUGGAAAACCUUUCAUUUAUCAAUUACCCCAGGAAGUGAAUGCAUUAUUCCGUGACCUGAACUAGCACACUCAUUAACGUCUUUUGUUUUCUUCAAAUUAGUUUAUCAAAAAACAGAAUUCUAUCGACAUAGAAUAUUACUUGUUCUCCUCUCUUUGAUUCCUUGGCGCUGAUGGAAACAAGGUCAACUCUUCACAAUGAAAAGAAAAAAAUCACUAAGUUUCUCAAAAAGUUUGCCGAAAAAUGCGUCAGUGCUGUUUACUUUCUUGCUUAUUUCGCUAGAAAAUGUUCAGAAGUCAGAUCAAAUUGAGUUAUCGGGAAACAGACAGUCAUUUAUUCAAUUCGAAACUCCGAGUUGCCGAGUAAGAUGCAACAUCAGCGUACAAUUUAUUCCCCAGUCGGAACAUGGGCUGCUUUUAUAUAUGGAUUCCGAAGGAUCUACGAAAGAUUAUGUUUACAUCUACUUAAUAGACAACCAAGUUGGCGCCACCUUCUCCUCAGCCAAUCAGAACUCAGCAUUUUUCACUUCGGAAGGCUUCGUCACCAAGUACAACUGGAACGAGAUUUCGAUUGGGAGACUUGAAAAUGGUGUCAAUUUCACAUUUAACGACGAAAGUGUUCUUUUAGAUGGAGUUUAUUCAGAUCUUUUUGACAGAAUUACGAGUGGCUUAUACAUUGGAGGCGUGCCUUCAGACACUGAGUUUGACCAGCUUUCGUUUCCGAAUGUUUAUUACAAGCCACACUAUGGAGGAAAGGUGCAAAAUAUACGCAAUGAUAUGGGAGACAAUUGGUUUGAAUCCCUUUCGAUCCGAUCACACCUCGGGGCUACUUUCACAAUAUCAGACGAGAAGUGUGUCCUGUCUUCUUCAUCAUCUUUUUCUGCUGCUGCUGCACCUUCAUAUCAAGACUCCUCCUCUCUCAACCCCACCACAACAGCUACCUCCACCCUCUCCUUCUUCCACUACUCCUCCCCCUGUGAGAGUGACUCACUGUGCCAGGUGGACUCGGAUGACCCGGCAGCCACCAGUUGUGUCUGCAGAAGGGGGUUCACAGGGCAACUCUGCCAACAGUCGGGAAAGUGA